CCAAUAAUAAACGCGAAGGAGGACGGACGACACGUUGACGCGAAAGACGAGGGGGAGAUCUACCUAUCUGGGCGAAAAAGGAAAGACAGAUACAGUGACACGAGAGAAAUGUCAUCGAUCGUCGCGAACUGCGCGCCUUCUACCGUCGAUUUCAGGCAUUAGGUCUCAUGUGCGGUGUAAAAUCGAAAAAUAUGGCCGUCCCACUGGCAUUUGACGAGAACUUUUACGGCGGCCGUGAAUACUCGGCCCUAGCCGUGACGAGCGAGUGAUUCAGCUGCAAAACAAGCUUCGAGAUCUUCCGUCAAACAAACGGAAGGACGAAGAACGGAAGAAGGAAGGAUGACGGUAACAGGAUUGUGAAGGGAAUUGUGCGCGAGAACAGUCCUGGCGAAAGUACAUCGAUGUAACAUAAGCAGUAUCUCUAGCAGACGACAUUGUCUACAAAUUAUUUAGAGGAUUUAGUGUUGAGGAAUGUAGGCGACGAAAGCACGGAUCAAAAUAAUAAUAUAACUAUGACGAGCGAGGAUUUGUUACAGCCUGGCCAUGUGGUCAAAGAACGUUGGAAAGUUGUGAGAAAAAUAGGUGGUGGUGGAUUUGGCGAAAUUUACGAAGGUCUUGAUUUAAUGACAAAGGAACAAGUAGCUCUUAAAGUUGAAUCUGCGCGGCAGCCUAAACAAGUAUUAAAGAUGGAAGUAGCUGUACUCAAGAAAUUACAGGGUAAAGACCAUGUGUGUCGUUUUAUUGGCUGUGGACGUAAUGAUCGAUUUAAUUAUGUUGUGAUGCAAUUACAAGGAAAGAAUUUAGCAGAGUUGCGCAGGGCACAACCAAGAGGUGCUUUUUCGCUAUCUACUACAUUACGUCUUGGUCUUCAAAUUUUAAAAGCUAUAGAAAGCAUUCAUCAAGUGGGAUUUCUGCAUAGAGACAUUAAACCUUCAAAUUUUUCAAUCGGCCGUCAUCCUUAUAACUCCAGGCUGGUAUAUAUGCUAGAUUUUGGUUUAGCUCGACAAUUUACAACUGGCACAGGAGAGGUGCGUCCACCUCGUGCUGCUGCAGGGUUUAGAGGAACCGUCCGAUAUGCGUCAGUCAAUGCGCAUAAAAAUAAAGAGAUGGGUCGACAUGAUGAUCUAUGGUCAUUAUUUUAUAUGCUAGUCGAAUUUGUUAAUGGACAAUUGCCAUGGCGAAAAAUAAAAGAUAAAGAGCAAGUGGGUCUCAUGAAAGAAAAGUAUGAUCAUCGAUUGCUUCUAAAACAUCUUCCAUCGGAUUUACGAGUUUUUUUAGAGCAUAUCCAGAAUUUGGAGUAUGCAGAUAAACCAGACUAUGGUAUGUUAGCUGGUCUGUUUGAACGAUGUAUGAAACGUAGAGGUGUAAAGCCAAAUGAUCCUUAUGAUUGGGAAAGGCCAUUAAUAGCUAAUGAAGGUUUAUCAACUACUAGAUCAUUACCUACAGUAACUGUACCACCUGCACUUACUACUGCUACUACUAUCAAUCAGCCUCCAAUUACAAAUGUGGACACAAAUAAUCAAGAGAACGUGGAGCCAGAUAACAGGAAGGAGUUGGAUGCACAAUUGGAUUAUGAAAGUAUAUACAGAAGAAAUAGGCAACGUGGAAUAGAAGGUUCUCCAGUGCCAUUUGCAGCAGCUAUCAGCAAUCAUGGUAGGGAUAAAAAUUGCAAUGCCACGAUACCCACGACCGAUAAUACGCAUCAACAAGUCGCACAGCAGACUAUACCAUCUCUACCAACCCAAGGAUCGCCCAAAAAACGACGCGCCGUGUCGAUGGCAGUAGAAUCUCAAAUUCCCGCGUCACUAGAAAAGCAGGUAGAUAAUGAAGGAGACGCAUUGAUGGCUUCCGCACGUUCCGCAUCUGAUGUUCCUCGACUUAAAACUAUGAUGAAUGCAACAGCACCGCUUAGGAAAUCGGCGAGUGGUGCUACAUUGCCUGCCACACUUGCACGUUUGCGUAUUGCCACUCCUGAAGGAACAUCCGGCGAAUUACCGAGUCCUCGCAUACAAACGGAAGUCGAUGCUUCCUAUUGCUCUUAUGAUGUAACUAAUACUAAAUAUGUUGGAAAUCAGAGUCCGGUAACCGAACAAAGAGAACCUCUCAGAAGAGAACCCAGAAGGAGAGCAGAGAACCGACAAGUAAGAGCCGGACGUUCGGCGGCACGAGAUUGCUCUAUUACACAAUUUGCACAAAUAGACGACGACAAUGUAUCCGCUCUACAGCAAGUGACCAAAGGCGGUGGAGGAUUGACUCUGGCUUCGCAAUGGAAAUCACAAUUUGACGAUUCUGAAGAGACUGAUAACGAAUGGAAGGGGGAAAAUUUACAAAGCCCUGAACACAAAGGGACAAACGCUCCGUCCAUACCGCCGCAGUCCACAGAUAUCGUCGAAAGCGUACAAUUGGAUACAAAACCUGUCGCGGCUCAAUCAAAUACCUCGAACGUAUAUCAACAAACUUUGAUUCCCACAGCAUUAUCCAAAAUAAGCGAAGAUUCUCCGAAACCAGCGAUGCCGCACAGAUGUUUAAACAUUGCGGGUAUUGAAAAAUAUCCAGAACUUCAAGGUGCACUUCCGCGAGCUUGGAGCGUUCCAGCUUUAGCGCCGCAUGUUCGGGCUUAUCUCAAAGCUCCAUUGGUUCAACAAGCAGCAUUUGACGAUUUACUAUAUGAAGUUGAUGUUAUGAGGAAUAUUGCCACUCGAUAUGACGAACCGAAACAGACUGCACCAGUCAGAAGAACUAGUCUGCCAGCAGUAGCUUUCUCUUUUUCUGACACAAUGUUCAACGUUCACAAAGGGGAAGAAGAGGAAGAAGCAGUAGCAGGAAGAUUGGAAAUCAGAGUGGUGGGUGCAACUGGUGGUGCUACAAUUGUACAAACCAGUGCUGACAGGGAACCAUUACAAAAGAAAUUAGCGAAUGGCAUGGCAGGUAGUCCGGCUAGUCCUAAUCCGGGACCGGAAGAACCAUCGAUAUAUUAUGACGCUACCGAGAAUCGACCAACUGCAAACGUCAGUUUGCAAAAAGAAUCGAUUAGCGUCACUACUGCCUCGACCACUGUGCAAAAUGCAGUGCCGUUUCGUGAUAAUAAGGACAAUAAAGAGAAGGAAACAUCUAAUAGGACGUAUGUCGCUCACAGUAAAAUACCAAUUCCCGUUAAGAGUCCAAGAUGUUCAUUAUCUGAAUCAACACCCGAAAUUAAUGCUCCGAAUAUCAAGAUGGGAACUAGCAGUGACAUAGAAAAACUACCGAUGCCUAUAACCGCAACUAAGGAAAAAGAAAAUACAAGCUCUGCCGAAGAUGAAAAUUUAACCGGAUGCACGCCUGCUCUGCGCCGCCGAAGACAGAAUGAAAAGUAUGUGACAGACGCUAGUCAGCUGAAUCUGCAAUUCCAAAGACCACAACGUAGAACUAGACCACAAUCUGAGAUAUUGCCAAGACUUUCUCCCAGAGGAGUACCCUCGCAUCUUCUACGGGAACCAGAUAAAAAAUCCGAGGAAAGCAGCGAAAGUGAUUCUAAUAGUAGCGGACCGCCAAAAUCCGCUCAACCACCACCACCGCCUACAUCAUUGCCACCUCAUAUAGCAGAAAAUAAUGCUAGAUGCCGCCGUUAUUGGCCCAUACCAGAUCCAGCAAUUGCUAGCAGAGAAUCGUGAGAUUUGGUAUUCAAAAUGACAAAUAGUCUCAGUUUGUGUUAGGAUUGAGAAGAUUUUACUGCUCAACCAACUAAGAAUGUGAUAUCACUUGAGGCAAUGAAAAUACGCAAUUUUUCUCCGAUUAAUACGUCAAUAGGUACAUAAAAAUUUUUGUGAAAAUUCAUAUCUGCAGAGAUAAAAAACAUUAGCUAUUCAUUUAGCAUGUGAAAAUGUAGUUGUCUGUGAAUGCAGAUUAAUUAAUAAUGCUGCUUUAAUUAACUACUGAAAUUCUUGAGCAGAUUUUUCAAAUAUAAGGAAAUCUUUCUAGAUAAAUAAUCGAUUUUGGAACACGUGCUCAAUAAGUUUCAGUAAAUUGAAUAAAAGUAUAUGUGAAAUUGCUUACAAUGUACAAACAGUACAACAAUCUAGUGAUUUAAAUAGUCACUUUUUAAGGACUAUACUUUUUCUUUACUUAUACACUUGCUGCAGUUUAUGUUACAGUACCAACAUAUCCAUCCAGUAUCUUUAGAUUUACAUAUAUGAUAUUAUGUAUUUUCCGUUUGUAUGUAUGCAUGCGUGCAUGCAUAUGUAUGUUUGUGUGUAAAUGGUGUGUUUGUGUGUAAAUGGAUUUUGCAUAAUUUUGUUCAUGCUUAUUGUACAUAUAUAUUACCAAAUCGAUGCUUUUAGCUGAAUUUUUUUUGCACAGAAAUAUGUCGAAUGCACUUAUAUCUAUAUAACUUUUAUCUAUAUUAAAAUUUUCUAGACAAGUUUUAUAAGAUUUAUAAUUUUAUUUUAGUGUGUGUGUGUGUGUGUGUGUGUGUGUGUGUGUGUGUGUGUGUGCGCGCGCGUGCGUGCGUGCGUGCGUGCGUGCGUGCGUGCGUGCGCG